UCCAGUCUUCUCCGUUGAAAUCAUGGUUGAAAUCAAUGGGGUCGCUGUGUCCAUUUCUUUAACUGUCUUUCCCUGGUGAACUCUGAGUGUUCCUUCCUGUGGUUUUGUUUUCCCGUUUACGUGUAUUACUCUUGGACUGUUUAUUCUCUUCGGGAUUAUCGACUAUCCUGGAUUGAUUUAUACUGUGGACUGAUUUAUACCAGAUGGAAGUGAAAGAGCAAAGACAAGAACUGAAGUGAAAGAUUGGAUAAAAACACAGUGAUCACAGUUCACACCUGCAGUGAAGCCCCUCCCACAACAAUUCACCAAUAAAAACUGGGAAUAUUCCCAACUCCAGGAGUAGCAGCUGACACCUGUGUGACUGUUGAAGAUGGAGUUUAUUAAAGAGGAGAUUGAAGACACGAGUGAUCCAGAACCAUCCAGAAUACAACAUGAAGAUACUGAGGAACAAACAGACCAGGUGAGAGUGAAAGAGCAAAGACAAGAACUGAAUAAAAUGGAGGAGGAACAUCAUAACUUUACAAUUCAAAGAACAAAAGCCAAAAAGAUGCACACCUGCACUCAGUGUGGAAAGAGUUUCUCACAGAAAGGAAACCUUAAAACACACAUGAGAACUCACACUGGAGAGAAACCGUAUUCAUGCACUCAGUGUGGAAAGAGUUUCACAUUCAGAGGACACCUCAACAUACACAUGAGAAUUCACACUGGAGAGAAACCGUAUACAUGCACUCAGUGUGGAAAGAGUUUUUCUCAUUUAUCAUCUCUCAGUCUUCAUCUGCUCAUUCACUCUGGAGAAAAAACAUUUAACUGUGAUCAGUGUGGUAAAGAUUUUAUCUCACCAUCACAUCUAAAAUCACACCUGAAAGUUCAUUCAGAUGAGAAGCCUUAUGUGUGUCCUCUCUGUGGAAAGAGUUUUUCAUGGAUGAAGUAUUUUAAACUGCACGAGAAAACACACAAUGAAGUGAGAGAUUAUAUGUGCUUUGACUGUGGGAAAAGCUAUACUACAUCUAGUGGUCUGAAACUGCAUCAACGAGUUCACACUGGAGAAAAACCUUACAAGUGCUCACAUUGUGACAAGAGUUUCACUAUGUCUGGAUCCCUGAAAUUACACGAGCGAGUUCACACUGGAGAGAAGCCGUACGACUGUACUCAGUGUGGGAAGAGUUUCAAAUAUUCAGCAAGUCGAUUGGUUCAUAUUAGAAAGCAUUGUUCUGCGUCACAGUGAGCAAAUGUUUUGCCAUUCACAUAAAGUAAAUGUGUAGUUAACUAAUAAACUAGUGCUGCUGUGAAA